GGUGAGAGAGGAGAGUUACAGUGCUCUGUUAGUGCUCUGUACCAUUCCCUCUCUGACCUGAGGAACUGAAAGGAGAGAGAGAGAGAGAGAGAGAGAGAGAGAGAGAGAGGAGCUGAGCUUGAGAUGGCUCUUGGCACCACUCAGUAGACACCACAAGUGGACCACACAAGCCAGAAGCUGCAAGAGGAUACUAAGUGUCUUUUCUCUAGGAUUACCUUUGGUGGGACUACUAAUUGCUUAAACCUGGGGACAACACAAGAGCAGCCAGAGGAUGAGGUCCAAAAGCAGUGGGGUGGAGAGCCAGGCCAAUGGGGUCCUUGGUGUUCCACAGGGGGACCCUGACAUCAGCCAAGAACAAGAAGUGGGUCUCCCUGUAAAAAACCUGAUCCCCAAGGUUCCGCAGAAGGAGGAUGAAGAGAAGGUGGAGGUUGAGGUGAUCUCGGACAAAGAGAAGCUGCUGUGUGAUUCCCCUGAAGCUGGAGAAAAAAGAGGGGACAUCGUUGAUAUGCCCAAAGGGGAUCUGCUUAGGCUGCUUGGGAUCAUGGAGGGAGAGGUUCAGGCCAGAGAGGAUGUAAUCUGCAUGCUUAGGGCCAAACCAACUGCCAAAGGGGCCCUUGAAUCACAAUAUGGAUCCGCAGCCCUGCAGGCCCUGCAGAGGGACAGCUUCCUCACUGGCACCAAGCAACACAACCACAGUGUCUACCAAAAGCCUAUGGUUGAGCUGGAGCGUCUGCAGGACAAGCACAAGGAGACAUACCGGAGGAUGCUGGGUCAAUUGCUGCUUGCUGAGAAGUGCCACCGCCGCACCGUGCACGAGCUGGACACAGAGAAACGCAAACAUGUAGACUACAUGAACAAGAGCGACGACUUCACCAACCUUCUGGAGCAGGAGAGAGAAAGACUGAAACGGCUGCUUGAAACUGAAAAGGCCUACCAGGUGAAAAAGGAGAAGGAGCACUCUAAACGUCUGGCCAAGGUGCAAGAGGAGCUAGUCAAGCUGAAGUCCUUUGCCCUGAUGUUGGUCAAUGAGCGGCAGCAGCACCUAGAUCAAAUGGACCAACAGAGCCAGCGGGUCCAGGAACUAAGCCAGCAGCUUCAGCAGCGGGAGCAGGCUCUGAGUGAAGCCAGGGAGCGUGUUCAGGAGGAUGGCAAUAGGGUGCUGAGUCUGGAGGCUGAGCUAAAGGAAAAAUCUGCCAAACUCACCCAACAGCACGAGGAAAUGAGUGCCAAGCUGGCCAGUCACGAGAUCCACAACCGUCAACUCAAUGCCAAACUUUUAGGGCUUACGCAUAAAAUAGAGGAACAAGAGGAAAACAACAGAGCCUUGAGGAAAUCUGAAGAGGAGCUGCAAGAGCUGAGAGACAAGAUCAGUAAAGGGGAAAGUGGCAACUCUAACUUAAUCACUGAGUUGGAGAACUUAAGGAAACAUGUGCUUGAGAUGGCGGGAAAGGAUGAAGAGAUCACCAAGACUGAACAUCAGUGUAAGGAGCUGAGAAAGAGGCUACAUGAGGAGGAUAGUAAGAGUAAAGACAUGAGGCUGGAAGUGGAGAAGCUCCAAAAAAGAAUAAUGGAGGUGGAGAAACUUGAGGCUGCCUUCAACAUGAGCAAGGCUGAGAGUGCAGAGUUACACACUUCUCUUGAGAAAGAGAAGGGCCUGACCAAAGAGCUCUCAGAUGAAGUCUUCACUCUCAGGAUCCGUAUGAAAGAACUGGAGUCUUCUGAGCUAAAGCUAGAAAAGUCUGAGCUGAGCCUCAAGGACGACUUGAGUAAGCUGAAGUCGUUGACUGUUGCUUUGAUGGAAGAACGAAAGACCCUGGUGGAAAGAUCAAAGUCGGAUGAGAAGAAACAAGAGGAAAUGAGUAAGAUGGUCAAAGUUGAACAGGGUAAAGUCAUGGAGGUGACUGAGAAACUGAUCGAGGAAAGCAAAAAACUCUUCAAGUUGAAAUCAGUGAUGGAAACCAAAGUAGAGACUCUCAUCAUUGAAAAGGGGGAGCUAAGCACCAAGCUUACUUAUGAAGUUGACAAAACUACAGAUCUUAAUUCUAAGGUCAGCCAAAUGAAAAAAAGGUUAGAUGUGUUCGAGCAAGCAGAAAAGCAAUUAGUGAAUAAUGCAGCGAAAUGCGAGCUGGGAAGAAUGUCUGACCCUGUUAAAAGAGAAGACAACAGAGUGAAGGAGCUGACAUUUGAAAUCGAGCGACUGAAAAACCGUCUCAAACAACUUGAAGUAGUUGAGGGAGAUUUGAUCAAGACAGAGGAUCAGUACGACAUGCUGGAAAAAAGGUUCAUGACUGAACAAGACAAGGCCAACAUUCUUUCCCAGCAGGUGGAGGAAAUGAGGAGUCAGAUAGCGCGAAACAAAGCCAUCGAAAAAGGAGAAGAGGAAAGCCAGGAAGAAGACCUCCGACAACGGUGCAUGAGGGAGGAGGUCAAAACAAGGGAACUGCAGGCUGACGUUGUAGCCCUUAAAGAGAAGAUCCAUGAACUGAUGCAUAAAGAAGACCAACUCUCUCAGCUCCAAGUGGAUUACUCUAUUCUGCAACAGAGGUUCUUGGAAGAGGAGGAAAAAUCCAAGAACAUAGGUACGGAAGUUUUCCAUCUCACCAAGGAAUUGGAGGUUGCUAAGCGACAUAGUCGAGCCCUAAGGCCCAGUUUGAACGGUAGAAGAAUGGUGGACAUUGCUGUGACAUCCACCGGAGUACAGACAGAGGCAUCACUCAAUGGGUCAGCAGAGGAGGAUACCCCAGCUGUAUUUAUCAGGAAGUCCGUUCAAGAGGAGAAUCACAUCAUGAACAACUUCAGACAGAAGUGCCUGAAAAAGCCAGCCGAAAAGAGUGGUGGUAUUGAGCGUUUCUCUUCAUCUAGCAGCGACCUGGGUUUGAAAAAAUCCUGGAUUCCCUGGAUGAGGAGGAAAGACAACACUGCUCAUGAGACAAGCUUGGAAAAGCCUUUGCAAAUGAAUGGAAAUCAUUUGCCUUCUGAACUAACAAUGUCCCCAAAGCGAGGGCAGCCUUUACACAUCCGUGUCACACCAGACCACCAAAACAACAUGGCCUGUCUUGAGAUCAGAAGUCCUACUGCUGAGGAUGUUUUCUCCAGCUCAGCUCCUCUAAGCCCCAACCCAUCUCAACCAAAAUCAAGAAUCACAAUCAUUCCCACUUACUCUGCGUCAACACACAAGAAGAAGUCCACCACUGGACCUCAUGGCCCUGAAAGAGCCAAGUCUCCAGUUAGCAUCACAACUAUAUCCAGAGCCAAAUCACCAGAGAGCAGCAGAACUCUUUCCUCUGGCUCAGGAAGACCCUUGUCCCCUGUUUCAAUUAUGACGGUGAGCACCGCUAUAGUUCCUGAAGCAUCCGCCUCCCCAGAACCCCAGGAGAUGACCAUGGGCCGAGCUGUGUUCAGGGUUACCCCGGAGAAGCAGAUGGUCCCAAUGCCAAUACGAAAGGGUCACAACAACACUGGUAUCAUCACCACUACUGAUGAUAAUAAGAUCCAUAUUCAUCUAGGCAACAGCAUCAACCCAAAGAUGGUAGUCAGGCCGAUGACUGCUGUAACUGAGAGCAAGGAAAUGACCUUAUCAACAGGAACAGUUUUACGCUCCCCGCGCCAAAUCACCACCACUACUACCAGGAGCACACAGAGCAAAGUGAUGAGCAGUAUCACAAUAUCCCCUGUUGCAACCAACUCAUCCAGACCCACACAAAGCAUGACUGGGCAAGAUGCCCAGCCAGCGCGCUCAGGGCUGACCCGCAUCCCAAUGUCCAAGAGCCUGAAGACGGGGAAGGCUGUGCUGGGAACCCUGGGGAUCUCGGGUGGUGUGAAGCUGGAGUCCCGAGCUGAGAGUCAGUCUAUGAGGAUAGAAGUUAAAAAAUCCACUGUGAAUAGCAAUUCUUUACAAAAUGGUGGAAAAGCUUGAUUUCAAAUACUCAAACAUGCCAUAAUGGAGCUUAAAGAGAUAAAUAUCUUCAUACAACAAGGCAAAGUGGCAUUUUUGUAAUGAAUAAGCCCUUGAACUCUUACUUCUGAAUUUAUCUAUCUCAAUAUCUCAAUUUCUGCUUAAUAGAUGGAAACAUAUUCUCUGUAUUUACUGUGUUUGUGUUGUACUGGGCAUUUGAGUUAAAUAUUAUAUCACACCUUGCUGCUACUAACGGCUUCUUGCUUUGGUUGUCCCUCAUGAAAGUUUUUGAUAAUAUUUUAUAAGGACACAUUAUAAGUCAAAAUUCUUGUUUGUCAUGUAAAUUAUGUUGUUGUUUUUCUGUAAAGGGUUUGUACUGAAAAUAUUUGAAAAUAAAUGUGAUUCAAAGGCUA